CCCCCCCCCCCCCCCUUGCCUGUCUCCAGAGCCUUCUCUCCCGCUUAUUUCCUGCUCCCAUUUUAGCUGCAGUUGUUUGUAUGAGGUGGGACGUUGGGUUUUGCGAGCUGCUGUAUUUUUUUGGUUCCAUAUGAUACCGUCUCUCUGUUUUUUUUUUGGAGGCGUGCGAUUUGUCUAAGAGUUCUUGAAGACGACAGUUUUGGUUGAGGAAGUUUGAUCUUUGUUUGAGCAAGAUGGGAGGCGGAUGGGCUUUGGGAGAAUUGGUGCCUGAUGUUGAGGCCGACUCAACUGUGGGACACAUUAAGGUUCGGGACUACUGCAAGGAUGGCUGGACUAUUAUCUUCUCUCACCCUGGUGACUACACACCAGUGUGCACCACGGAAUUAGGAAAGAUCGCUGCAUACAACCCUGAAUUUGAGAAUCGUGGUGUGAAGUUGCUAGGACUUUCAACCGAUUCCGUUGAGGAUCAUCUGGGUUGGAUUGAGGACAUUGAAACUUACACACCGGGUGCACCAGUAUUGUACCCCAUUCUUGCUGACCCUGACCGGAAGAUAACAGUGGCCCUCAACAUGAUGGACCCUGAUGAGAAAGACGCGAACGGAAAGCCACUCGCUUCUCGUGCGUUACACAUCGUAGGCCCCGACUGCAGGUUGAAGCUGAGUUUCCUGUAUCCCGGCACGACCGGCCGCAAUUUUGAUGAGGUUCUGCGGGUGCUCGAUUCAUUGCAAUUGGCAUCCAAGCAUAAGAUCGCUACCCCAGCCAACUGGCAGCCGGGUGAACCCGUUGUCAUUUCUCCCUCCGUUUCAAAUGAGGAGGCGAAGGAGUUGUUCCCUCAGGGAUGGGAGACUUUUAAGUUGCCUUCUGGCCAGCCAUAUCUUCGCAUGACAUUUGUGGAAUAAGCGUCGAGUUGAUGGUACUGAUGUGCAUAAAUAUUACAUAAUAAGACAUGGUGUAGCAUGGGGAGUUAGACCCUCGGAUUGCGAUGAUGUUGCCUAACAGUGUCAUGGGCAUGACAUCCUUUCAUAUGCCAGAGCUGAUUCCUCGAAACUGCUGUGUUAAAUGGAUGGUGCAAUAGUCUAUUGCUUAGAAGAUGCACGAUUCGUUGUGUCUUACAUCUUGUAUCAUAUGCUGUUUUUUUCAGUACUUCUCGAGUUAGUCAACACUGGGUUUUCGCA